CCUCACGGCAACAUGCCAAGUUACAGUGCACUCGUCAUACCUCUUUUUUACUUGUUUCCCUCGAUAUCAGUACAUUUCAAGUACAGAUGGGUCUAUGCUAGUAGCUAGCAAACCGUCAGUUGUAUGUCCAAGACCAUAGGGAGUACGACGUAUUUUUUCGCAGGUUUUUUUCGGGACUAUAGGUCUUGAGAGCUCCAGUCGCGGAAACAGUUGAUAGUGGUUAGCCUCGCCGCCGUGGCAUCAACCGCGUAGCAUUCUCCGGCAGUGAUCCUGAUUCAUACGGAAGUCUUUCAGUGUUGGCAUACUCUCCACGACCACCCAACUGACACUGAGCUGUCGACUCAGUUCUACCACUACACGGGUUAAAACGACGAACGCCAGGUACCACCACUCGCAUUUAGCACUUCAAGCUUCAAGUCUCCGUGACUCUGGUCUGGUCCAAGCUGACUUUCAAUGUCUGACACUUUCCCGCUUUCAAGGCAUCGGCGAAGUGCACUUAAUCUUUUAAUUUAUGUUCAGCCCUGAAUACCAUUCAACUGUUCGAGAAGUGCUUUACCGACCCCGGUACUUAUGGUUUGUCGCACCCGAAAAUUUUGGUUUCCUUCACUCGCAAUAAUGAUACUCCGAGUACGUGUAUUCAUGAUCUAGUUAAGUAUUAUUGGGGGUUUAUGUCCUUUGUUAAGUAUGAUCUACCUGUGUGCGAUAAUUAUCGGAAAUACUCAGAUGACAAUGGAAUGUUCCUGGCCGUGAUCGUAUCCCCGACAGUAGGCAGAAAAAUAGCGAUGACAUGCACUAAUGUGUGACGAUCCCUUCUUCUCUUUCUCACUGUCACUCUCACGGCUUAGGCCCAUCACUGCCAGCGACCCUUUGGGGUCUUCAAAUGCGUCCUUUGUUGGCAGGGUCUUCGUCCGACACUUCCACCACCAAAUGGCACCAGUUUUCGGACACAUUCCCCCACAUCGACGCACAUAGAACAACCCUUAUGGAAUCUCUCCCACCUCCAGCAGUUUCACAGUCCUCAACUUAUUCACGAAACUAUUCGACCAGGCUCAAGUCAAUGUGGUUCGGUUUUACAAGGCGACUGCGUGCAGAUGUGCCUCUUUCGUCUUCAAACCCUGACCAUGAAGAGCAAGGUAGAUGUGAAGAUCUUGAAGAGGAGUGGAAAGAGACAACAGAGAAUGGCAGGACAGAGAGGGUCGUUGUCGAACAGUCUUGGGCUACUGGGCGAAGCGGAAAGCAAUUCAACAGCAGCGAGAGCUCUGACCCCGAUCUGGUCACCGAAGUGAAGUCAGGGGCGACGCCUCCAGUCCUCCUUGUUGUUCAGGAUAAGGAGAGCGCCGUUACACGGCAUGGCUUCUGGACUCGUUCGAAUUUUCUGGUGCGGAUAAGAUAUCGGAUAUGGCCAGUUAUAGCGGAAUUCUUUUUUCCAAGACCUUUCGAAGGCCAUGCGGAAGAACAGUUUAGAAACGAGGAUUGGCAGUCGAAGAAAAAACUCGCAUUGAUUGCCUCUCUCUGGUUCUUACUGAGCUGGGGCUUGGGAUUGUGGUUGGUUCCCCGACCUUUUACCCUGUUGGAUAAAAUUUUCUAUUACGGACUGGGCCCUGCAUUCAGCUUUCCCGUCCCCUUCAUGGUCAUGUAUGACUGGCCCAAAGCUCGAAACGGCAUAUUCUUCUAUCAGUGUUACUUGGGCCUAACAGUUUGGAUAUGGGCACUUCAGAUAAUCCUCGUUAUGUAUGCCUGUGGGAUAUAUAGUACCAGUCACCAAUUGUUUAGUUGCCCAUCGUCCAGAGACUUCAUCGGAACGUUUUAUUAUACCACCGCUCCUCCGACUAUUGGGCUUUUUGCAAUGAAGAUGAACAGAUUAACUGCCACAGCAGGCGCGACCUGUUUUCUCGUGAUAUCUUGUGCUCUAAUAGUACCGGAUCGCAACACGUGGAUCCGAUCGAUGGUCAAUUUUGGUGUCUUUCAUGCAGUUCUUCUCUACGUCCAUAACGCCAUCGAAACGAACGAGCGUCGGAUGUUUUCCCUCCGGGUUCAGGUCAAGAUGCAAUUUAAGGCAACACAGCGAGCUCAGGUCAAUGAACGUAAAACGGCAGAAUCAAAAUAUCGUUUAACAUCAUAUGUGUUUCACGAGGUUCGAGUGCCACUCAAUGCUGCUUUGCUCGCAGUCCAGAACAUAGAAGCGUCCGGUACAGUUUCGAAGGAGGUUGAUAUCGAGUUCGAUGCUCUUGUGGGAAGCUUAAGGAUGAUGUCACAAGUGCUUAAUGAUGUGCUCGACUUUAAUAAAAUGGACGGUGGCCAAUUCGAGCUGGUCAAUAGGCCAUACGUGUUUCAUCAGGCGAUGAGGUCCAUGUUCAUCCCACUACGCAUGACUACGGCAGCGAAGAGGCUGAAAUUUGUCGCCAAUUUAGAUCCUAACAUCGACACAGUUGCACGACGCGCCGCGUAUCAAGCCAUGGGAGAAGAGGAGGACGCCAUCGCCCGACAUUUACUAGAACACCCUGACGUCGACGGAGUGGUGAUAGGCGACGAAGCGAGGUUCCGGCAGAUUGUCACGAACUUGGCGAGUAAUGCGUGCAAAUUCACGUCCGAAGGAGGAACAGUUUCAAUAUCGACACGCUUGAUUCUACCUUCCAUAGGUCCCGAUGGGUUACCCAUUCACGAUGAUAGUAAGGACACGAUGGCCGCUCAGCUUUCGGCAUCCAGACUUGUUCAACACAAUAUAAAUCAUGCGAAGGAUAGGACGAGUCCUCCGCCGACUAUUCUUGUAAGAAUUGAGGUCUCGGAUACUGGGUGUGGAAUAGAACAGUCGGAGCUGACUCGUGGGAAGCUAUUUUCCGCCUUCAACCAGACUGAGAAAGGGAGACAACAGGGAGGGAAAGGUACUGGGCUUGGUUUGGCCUUGGUGAGGAAUAUUGUCAAGCUCAGUGGCGGUCGACUGGGUGUUUGUUCUCAGGCGGGAAAAGGAUCAACAUUCUGGGUGGAGCUUCCGUUAGGUGUAGGCAGACAAGCCUUAAUACCUUCAGGAUCCAACGUUGACUCGGUGAGUGAGCCGGGGUCUAUGGGGUCUGAUUUGGUCAAAAUUCGGACAGCGGCAAUACAUAACGAGUCACCGCCGGCAUUGAGCCAUAAUACCUUAACGAUGGCUGUUGAUGCUGCUGCCCUUAGCGCUUCGGAAUUGUCGUCGAUGGCAAAGCCUAGUUCAGUGACUCACAGUACCCUGAUGGAGCAAGGUGGAAGCAUUGAUUUGGUCUUGCGCCGCCAGGAAUCUUUGUCGUCCGGGACCAUGUCUUUGAUGAAAGAAAGGUCUGGAUCUUCUUCAGGGAGCCCACUACCCACCCCCGCCACCGAAAAAUCUGCCGCCUCGUCUAGACUUAUGGAUUCGAUGUCGGUAUCCGACUCGCCUGCGCAUACAAUCUGCGAGUUGGACAACCUGGCGAAGAGCGCAUCUUCACGGAACGGUGACUCUGAUGUCAAGCAUGUAUCUGACCCUUCCUGCCCUUUGCAAACUCUCCCAGCAGUUAACCAUACUGGACGACCGAAUUACAUUCCGCUUCCUCAUGGUUACCAUAGCAUUGAAGCUUCCCUUUCUUCCUCCUCUCUGGGCGGUACUGCACACUCUUCCAUGUUGCAUUUUGACAGAGCCUUCGAUCGUACAAGUUCAUCAACAACACCCCCCUCAAUCGAGUUCGACCCUGGUCUGCCCGUUCUCGUUGUUGACGAUGACAAAGUGACGAGAAUGAUGAUGGCGCGAAUGUUGACCAGACUCGGUUGCCAUGUCUCCGUUGCGGAGAAUGGGGAAGUUGCUCUAAAGACGAUUUUAGAUGCACAGUUCACACCGUCUCUCAUGAAAUCGAUUUUUUUUGAGAAUCAGUCGGGUGUAUUUUACGAGACUGGCGAUGAGACGAGUCAGCCACCAGAGUCGCCUGUUGUCGAUAACGGACCGCUGGCCAAAUUUGCGGUCGUUUUUUUGGAUAAUCAGAUGCCCCUGUUGUCUGGGAUACGGACGGUGGAGAUUUUGCGAAAGAUGGGACGGAAGGACUAUGUCAUAGGGUUGACGGGUAAUGCGUUACUACCUGAUCAAGAGGAGUAUCUGAAAGCUGGGGUGGACGCCGUACUCACCAAACCUGUCCUCGAACCUUCGAUUAAAAACAUCCUGAAACAGGCCGAUCUACGUCGGAAACGACAUAGUCGUCCCAGUCCCGCGGCUUCAUGACAAUAACUUUGUCCUUCGCGCUACAUACAUGAUUUUAGCUUGCAUCUUCAAUACAUGUUCCAUGAUUUUCCGAGCAGUCGCAUUGAUUUUUUCAGAUUCCUCUUACAAGUUCAUUUGUACUUCUUACUAUUGCAUAUGUCGGGAUACGUGUACCUUCGGGCGUCAGGUUUUCUUUUUUGAUCUGUUAUCAAUUUCGCAUUGUACUCUUGGUUUUUGGUCGAGGGCUUCUGGUACAUUCACGAUGGGGUUAAAGGUCGAAACAUACUCAGUAACUUAGGCAUGUUUAAUCCCACACUACACUUGUUUGAAUGUUGUCGACUGGUAUUCGAAUCUUGGGAUAUCACGAAUGAUGAGAAUCUGAAGUUUACU